AUGGGGAAGCCUUAUUUUAUUCGAUUACUUUUCGCAUUGGCAUGUCUGACUUAUUUUUGUUCCGGGAUUCAGCUAAAUAUUGUUACCAUCUCGGCAUCUUCGAAUGCCGGUUCCGGUGUGGAGCCGAUGCAGAGCGCUUUUGCUGUAGCCAUGGAGGAUAUGAUCAUAAAGUAUCCGCGAUUAUAUCAGAAUCACACCAGAACUAAUCUCACUCUUAAGGAAAACGUCUGCAAAGAUUAUGAAUGGACAUUUCCUUCGAAUGUUUCCUCGUGGUAUGGGAAGGGUUAUUUUGAUAGACCUGGACUUACCAUUAUACUGACAUCAAUAUGCAAUCUUGUGGCAUCAUACAUUGGUGAUUUUGCUCGAGAAAUGGCUAUUCCAACAAUGGCAUGUGCCACCGGCUUUCCUGAUAAUCCCCGCUACAGCACCGUGAUAUCGUUGAGCCCGGGGUCCAUCCAGAAUUAUGCACAAGCACUGGUGACGCUGAUGAAGAUGAACAACUGGACAUACAUCAGUCUGAUCCACGACAAUCUCACCGGUGUAGUGGAAGCGGGGAGACCCGUGGCCAUUACGACCAUGUUCCGGCAGGUUUUUAAUGCCAAUCUCAAGAUUGUUAACUGCAAAUAUUUCACCACAGAUUCCGUAACCUCUUCCGUGGACGAUCUGCGCUAUGUAAUGACACAAGCCAGUCAACAUUCACGCUUGAUCAUAAUUAGCACCUUGACGAUUCCAAUGCGGAAGCUUCUGGCUGCGGCUUACGAUUUGAAUAUGACGAAUGGCGAUUAUGUUUUCUUUUGCAUUUACACGUGGCAAGUUCCCGGCGAGGCGCCGUUGACUUGGAAUAAAAAUGAUAGUCUGGAUGCGAAAGUACUUGCGGUAAUGAAGAGUGUCAUUAUUCUCACUUCACCUCUGACCAAUUGGCCGCGAUGGAACGAAACGGGAGUUAGAGUCAACCGAUUUCGAGAGAGAACUUUCAACACAUCUUACGAUGAAGAGAAAAUUUAUAACGACUUCGCCAUUACUUGCUACGGUGCAGCAGAACUCAUCUCUCAGGUUCUGGAUGAGAUUUUGACGGAAGACCAUAUCCCCGAAGAUGGCAAAGCCUUUACGUAUGACGCCAACUUUAGCCCACAGCAACUUAUCCAAAGAGUAUCACAUCGCACCAAUCAGCUGACUUUCGAGAAUAUCACUUUCGUUCCGGGUUCUGGAUGGCGGGUUCCCGACAUCAUUCUGCAACAGUUCAAUACGACCACCAAUAGUUUUGAUGUCCGUUACUUCUCCCAUUUCAAAUAUUAUUCUCAAUAUUACACAGUGGCAUUUCUGACCGGAUAUUAUUAUAGUGUUUGA